CGAAUCGGAACGGAGGUGGUUCGUCGCAGAUGGAAAAUCGCACGCGAUCGCACGAUUAGAUGUAGUAGACUCACGCCUACUUUGGCUUCACCGUGCUUCUCCGCUUUCGACUGGCACGCCGAUGAACAAAGGGGUACAGCUGUUUUUGGAAAAAAGGUACAGCGAGAGUAUUCAGUCCAUCCCGCCGGUCACCACGUUGGUCGCCGCGUUGGUGAAAUACGCGAACGCACUGAUCAACUUGGACAAGGUGAAGACGAUACUCUCGACGAUUAAGAACGACAACGAACGCUACAAGGAUCUGCCAGAGUUCCGGAUUCUCGACCGACACAGUUCGCAGGGCAGACUGUUCGUUCUAGCUUUCGGAGGGUACGUGACCUUCGCAAUGACGACAUACCUGUCGCUUCCGAUCCUGGACAUUCUAAGAGACAUCAGGCACCUCCAGAAUGUUACGGAGCCGAGAAUGAUUCUCCCGCUGGAGUAUAACAUCGACCACGUGAAAUAUUACUAUGCCAUCACCGUGCACAGCUACUCCACCACUAUGCUGGUGGUGUUUAUGAUUGUGGCGCUGGACUCGCUGUUUAUCGUAGUCAUUCAACACUCUUGCAUUCUAUUCUCUAUUACAGGGUACGUGUGUACUCUGCUCGUUCGAGUCGACUCGAAACGAGCGUCGCAUUGAAAGAUACGAGUCUAGAUUUAGGUUGAAAACGGCACACAUUUUGAACGAGGAGAUCCUGUACCGAGGCGACGAAUGGAAAGCUGUGAACGUCGUACGAUUCACAGCGGAAGAACAGAAGCACGUGUUGCGGAAA